AUGUCCAUAUUCCCAUACAUCUACUACAUGAUCGAAUCCUUCCACAUCACCGACGAUAGCAAUCGAAUCGCCCUCUACGCCGGUCUGGUGACAUCCGUCUUCGCAGCCGCAGAAUGUCUCGGUGCGGGAUUCUGGGGAAAUCUAAGCGAUAGAAUGGGUCGGAAACCCAUUUUGCUCACUGGGCUGGCUGGUACGGGCAUCAGCAUGCUGAUGUUUGGUUUCGCACCCAACCUACCCAUAGCCCUUUUCGCAAGAGCUGUUGGAGGAGCCCUCAACGGGAAUAUUGGCGUUCUUCAAACAACCGUGAAUGAGGUGGUCAAGGUCGAGGCGCACCAGGCACGCGCCUAUGCUAUCAUGCCCACUGUUUGGUGCAUGGGAGCAUUCAUAGGAGCAGGUCUAGGAGGCGCACUCGCCGACCCCGUGCGGAACUACCCAUCGGUAUUCCAGCCAGGUACCGUUUGGGAGAAGUUCCCAUACCUUCUGACCAAUCUGGUUUGCACCGGUGUUGUGGUCUUCAGCAUGGUGGUAGGCAUUUUGUUUCUGGAAGAGACGCAUGAGGAUAUCAAGGACAAAAGAGAUGUUGGACUGGAGAUCGGCAACUGGAUCUUGAGUCCCUUCACCCGAACGACAGCCGCAAGGAUCUCGAGCCGCAAAGGUGACUUGUCUGAAGAGACCGUUAUGCUCAUCGACGAUCUGCCACCAGACUACAGCAGUACGGCGUCUUCGCCAGAACUUUGUCCGACUUCUUUGGCUGGUUUGCCUCCGCCCGCCUAUCGCUCCAUCGAUUGCUCUCCACGCAGUUCCGUCGCAGAUUCCGAUCUUGAGGCCGAUUUGGCACGCGAUGUGGAAGAGGCGCUCAAUCGUACAGAGCAGAACCACAAAGCGGCCGCUGCCAAAAGCAGUGCUUUCACCAAGCAAGUGAUGUUGAACAUUACAGGAUAUGGUAUCCUUGCAUAUCACACCAUCUCUGCGGAGCAACUUUUGCCAGUUCUCCUCAGCAUGCCAAAGUCUGAUACGCCUCCGUCGCUGCCCUUCAAGUUCACUGGCGGCUUUGCCAUGUCUACCAAAUCCAUUGGCGGUAUUCUAUCGAUACAAGGCAUCAUCCAGAUGAUCGCCACUAUCAUCAUAUUUCCAAUCAUCAACCGCAAGAUCGGGAGUCUCUGGACCUACCGAUCGGUAGUGAUGCUCUACCCGCUUCUGUACUUCUUGGUUCCGUACAUCUCUCUGGCACCGGACUCGCUCAAAAUGCCUUUGAUCUACAUUGCGCUUGUCUGGAAGGUCACCGCACAAGCAUUUGCAUUCCCGUCCAGCAGCAUCAUGUUGGCAAACUCUGCGCCCUCAAGCAAGGUACUUGGAACUCUCAACGGAGCAGCCGCGUCUGCAGCGAGUGCCUGCCGAGCCUUCGGACCCACAGUUUCCGGCCUGCUACAAUCCGCAGGUCUUUCCAUCGGAACUCUUGGGCUACCUUGGUGGGUCAAUGUACUGGUUGCCGCCAUUGGUGCCGUCAUUAGCAUGCUCAUGGUUGAGGAGAAACGCCGGGUAUUCGAGUCAGAGAAGGAGGCCCCGGUGGAACUCCCUCUUGCAUCAGAUGUUGCUGGCAGCACUGAAUUCGGAUCUGGCAUGGUUGCCGCCGCAGAAACGUCCAACUCGCAUGAGAACCUCCUCACCGCACCCGAUUCACCUCUCCUCUCAAGGAUAUCACUGGACAUCCGAAGACACUCUCGUCGCGACAGCACUCUAUAA